UUGCGCCGCUCAGUGGCGGAAGAGUGGAGUGUCACUCAGGCGAGUUUAGCUUGUGGUCUGGCCGUUACUGGAAGUGUGUUUCUCCUCGUUUCUGGAAUCAUACAGCGUUUAAUGGGUGAAGAUAAACAGCACACGCGCAUAUCUCGUGGUAGGAGGUUCUCUCCAGAGCGUUCAGCUGAAAGAGAAAGUGAAGCAGCAGCGCGGCGGUAUGAGUGACGGACAGUGUAGCUGGAUCAGCACAGUCUGUUUACAAGUACUGCAGUGAAGAAUCCGGCGUUCUGACAGUGAAACUACUUAGCUAGGUUACCUAGGCUAACCUACAUAGGAACAGAGCUUAGAUUCAGCCAGCCUGUGGAGAGACACAUACUCAACCUAGCUAGUUAGCUGGCUACCCAGGAAAGCUAGUGACUCGCUAGUUAGUUAACCUAGAUAACUAGUCAGUUGGCUAGCCCUACUAUCUAACUGUUUAAUCACUGUUUAAUCACUAAUUAUCUAGUUAGCUUUACAGUAGCUAGAUAGAGUCAUAUAGAAUAAUUUCUCUGUAAAAACAAGACGUUUAGCUGCAUAGUUAGCUAUCUUAUUAGAUCUUAAAUCAGAAUUUCCCCCCGAUUGAUGGCUGACACCUGCCUAACAUCAUGCGGAUUUUAAGGACUCUAAUGAACAAUGCUUCCAUUGGCAAGCUGGUGGAUCAGUAUUCCAGAUUUUCCCCCUCUCCUCUGUCUAUGAAACAGUUCUUAGAUUUUGGUUCAGAUAAUGCCUGUGAAAAAACCUCAUUCACGUUCCUGAGGCAGGAACUGCCAGUCAGGCUUGCAAACAUUAUGAAAGAGAUUAACUUACUGCCUGAUAACCUACUGAGGACGCCUUCAGUGCGCUUAGUGCAAAGCUGGUACAUGCAAAGUCUCAAGGAUAUCCUUGAGUUCAAGGACAGAGAUGCCAAUGAUGAAAAAGUGACUUUUGAUUUCACGGAUGCAGUGAUAAAGAUCCGCAACCGACAUAAUGAUGUGGUGCCCACCAUGGCUCAGGGAGUGGUGGAGUAUAAGGAGGCGUAUGGUACUGACCCAAUAACCAGCCAGAAUAUGCAAUACUUUUUGGACCGCUUCUACAUGAGCAGAAUCUCCAUCAGAAUGCUCCUCAACCAGCACACUCUUCUGUUUGGAGGACGUGUACGCGUGAACCCAGCUCAUCCAAAACAAAUAGGAGGUAUUGAUCCUCACUGUUGUGUCACUGAUGUGGUUAAAGAUGCGUAUGAAAAUGCUAGAUCAUUAUGUGACAGAUACUACAUGAACUCACCAGAAUUACAACUGGAAGAAUUUAAUGUUAAAGAACCUAAUAAGCCCAUAACUGUGGUUUAUGUGCCAUCCCAUUUGUAUCACAUGGUCUUUGAAUUAUUUAAGAAUGCCAUGCGAGCCACCAUGGAGCUGUACGGAGACGCUAUGGAGUAUCCUCCCAUCAAUGUUCGGAUCGCCCUGGGCAACGAAGACCUCACUGUGAAGGUCAGUGAUCAUGGAGGUGGAGUCCCAUUGAGGAAGAUUGACAGGUUGUUCACAUACACUUACUCCACCGCCCCUCGGCCUCAGAUGGACGCAGCACGUGCUGCACCUCUGGCUGGAUAUGGCUAUGGGCUGCCCAUCUCUAGGCUCUAUGCCAGGUACUUUCAGGGGGAUCUGAAGCUUUACUCACUUGAGGGCUAUGGCACAGAUGCAGUGAUUUACAUCAGAGCACUUUCUUCAGAGUCCAUCGAAAGGCUCCCAGUUUAUAACAAGUCAGCAUGGAAACAUUACAAGACCAUCCAUGAGGCUGAUGACUGGUGUGUGCCGAGCAAAGAGCCCAAGGACAUGACUACAUACCGCAGCAUUUAGAGUGUGAAGUAAAGAGAGAGAGUGCGGUUUCAGCUUUAGGACAGAGCAGGGACUAGGCUUUCAACAAGUGGGAACAUGUAUUCUAAUGCAGAUCUGUGUUAUGAUGAUUUGUAUUAUAUAAACAAAAAGAGGUCAUUGCACUACAUAGAGAUUAAGAGUUUGUUUUGCACCUGCAAUGUUGUUGCACUGUGUAUUAGCUAUGAGUGAUCUAUUAAGUUUCUAGUGCCAUAUACCUCUGACACUAGUUUUCCAUUGUCUGGAUGCCUUUCAGGUGUAUUCUGGUAUUACAGAUAUGAUAGGAUUAAAAUAAAAACUAGGGAUGUCCUGAUUCGAAUAUCUUAAGGCUGAAUACCAGCCGAUAACAAUGCAAACCUAUCUUUGCGUUUGUUGUAUAAUUAAAGCAGCCCUACAGUCUGAGUGAUCUACCUGACCAGUCAUCUCUCAGUUUAUUUAAACACUGCAUUUAAAUCACUGUGUGUGUAGUGAUGCACAAUCUAGACUGAUAGCUGAGGUGUAAUAACUAUUUUAUGGUGAGGUGAAUGAAUAGCCUGUCUUAGCAUUAGUGUUAAACUAUCCACAGUUCUAAACAAGCUGUUUAGUGGUUGUUUAAAGCAUAGAAACGUAUGCAGUUAUUUUGUAGAUAGUAUCAGAUAUAUUUUCACACUCAACUCUUAAUUCUCCCUCUAAGAACUCUCCUCAGUGCUGCUGGCUGAGCAAUAAUUGCCCCUUGAAGCAAUCAGUGGUGAUUUGAACACUGUUUAAACAAGGAUUUGGAACUGGAUUGGGAUUCAAGUAGCCGAUACUCGAUCCAUUAUCGGUAAAUAUGACUGGAUCGGAUCAGGACAUCCCUAGUAAAAAAAACAAAUACGUUGAUUUUAAUUCUAUGUGCAGGUUUGCAGUUUCAUGUUUUAUAAUUGUUUACAAAAAGAUUUCCUUCAAUUAUAUAUUAUUGUUAUGAGAUUAGAACAGCUAGCUAAGCUAACUGCAACGACACCUUCUGAAUUGUGGAAGAACUGCGUCAUUAUUAAAAGCUAACACUGGAAGGCCAUGUUAAGAAUGCUGAAGGGAUCAAAUGAAUCAACAUUUUUCCAUUGAAAACAGCUCUCAGAGUUCUCUUCUAUUUCACAAGUGUCUUAGAAAUCUCAAUAGAAUUACACUCAGUUCUAAAGCCUAUGAAAUGCUUUCACUUUCAUCUGAAUUGUACCAGUAAUCAAAUACUUGCUGCAUCACAUUCCAUGUUGGGCUGGCAAAGUGUUUACAUUCUGGGUCUAUUAUUCCUGUGUAUGAGAGGGUUGAGAGAAUGUGUGCAAAGAAAAUGGCAAUGUACAGGGUUGAAAAGGGAUGUUCUUCACCCCACAUAAUUUACAUAGCUGAGUACAAGUUUAUUCCCCUGCUGCUUUGUAUAUAGAAGUAUUUUAAGUGUGAGCUGUGCUUUAGUUGUACCUUAUUUAUAACUGUGAAUCUGUAGUUAAAUUAUAGAAAAAAAAGUAAUGUAUACAGUCGUUUGAUACCCAUUCUGAUGUUCCAUGUAAAUAAAGAGUGGUGAUGAUCAUUA